GACAAUCUGAAUGAUCUUGACCUGUUCGCAGCAGCAUCAGCAUGUGUCUGUCAGCUGGAGGUUCCUGCUGGUGAUUCCAGGUGAAACAUGGAGGAUCGGGUAUUUCAACCCAGACUGGUUCUGGUUUUUAGCGGGAAACGGAAGUCCGGAAAAGAUUACGUGACAGACUGGAUCCUCGAGAGGUAAACAGGAAGUUUAAUUUCAGCCAAUAAGUGAUAAGAAAACUGUUACAGCUGCUUUACUGACGUACGAGCAGAGGCCUGUACUACGAAGCUGGAUUUGGUCUUAGCGAGAUAACUUCUGGAUAACUUCUGGGUUUUCCGUACUACGAAGGUGGAUCUCUUUUUAUCCGGGUCCGUUGCCCCGGUAACUUACGCGGAACGCCAAACCUGCUCCGGGGCAGGUUAUGUUUGAGGAUAAGAUCUCAGCAGGUAUAAAAGACCACCCAAUGACCAAUCGGAUCUCUUGGAAAAUGGCUUGCCCACUUUUGCCGGAUCCCUGGGACAUCGUUGCACGGAUAGUGAGAGGAGCGCUUCGCGUUAUAUUCAUGAUCGUUCAAAUCCGUUUGAUUUACCUGAUGACGUUCUCCUAUGAACGUUACAGGUUUUCCUCGGACGGCCUCAAUAUAGCAUGAAGUCUAAGCAAUGCACUAAUAUUUGCCAAACUCCAAGUUCCAAUUUCAUGCCGCAUAUUAGUCAUCAUUCAGAAUUUAUUGAAGCAGAUUCGAAAACUCUUAACCCCAAAUGUGUCUGCAGAUGACAUGUGACCAUCAGAUGAUGGAGAAAAAAAAAGGCAGUGUGAGGAAAUCACCGUUUACGCGUUGAAAUAUGUACAAAUAAAAUCUGCUAAUAAACUUACAAACUACUUUAAAAGAUGUUUUUUGAUUUAUUUUUAUUUGCUCCCACGUACUCUUUUCCCCACUGCUGUUGUAUCUGAAAUAAUGAGGUCAAUGAUGGAGGUGAUCACACACGCUGCAUGACAACAUAUUAGGGGGCCAUAAAUUUAUGAACGCACAAAUGUAAUUUACACAAUCGAUGAUUUUCUUUGCCAGCAGUCCCUCCAGCUUUUAGCGGCUGCGGCUGUCCUGCUCCUCGCUGUUAUAAUGUUGCAGUACUCCUCGUAAAAUGCUCUGAGGCCUGUACUACGAAGCUGGAUUAACACAUCCAGGAUAACUCUGCGACAACUCGCUCAACUUCACCGGAUCUCCGCGAUCCCGAUCAGCUGUACUACGAAGCCGGUUAUCAACUCGAUAACUGAAUCUAUGGCUGUGUCCGAAAUGGCAUACUGCCUACUAUCUACUUACCUACUCAAGCAGUAGCUACUGCCUACUGACUACUCAAAGAUGAUUUGAGAAUGCCGCGGCUGCACGAGCGUUUACAUACAGACGCAUACUAAAUACCCCAGAAUGCAUUUCGUGCCGGCCGGACGCAGCGCCGGGAAAAUUUGAAUAGUCCUACCACAAGCUACACAGAACGACUGCAUUCCGGACAAAUUAUAUAAAUUCAUUCAAUAAUAAUAUUUUUUCUAGCGAUAAAGUAAGUGUUUACAUCACGAUUAUGAGCCCAGUUGUUUGAAAUAGUGGCUGUUUGUAAAUCUGUCUCGGCGUUUUCGGAGACCGAAGCGUCCGCUUGGUGGGUGUUUGCGUCUAUUUACCGUAAACACCGGGCAGCAGCAGCUCCCCCUUCACGUUUCCAAAUUAUUGAGAAGUGUUUUCAUAAUCAACAUCUACACGACACAAACCGGGCGGCAGUGGAUGACAAAAAUCACACAAACAUCUGUGUAUCCAUAGUGAUAAUGCUAUACACCACCUGCUAGGCGUGUGAUGAGCAGCAGAGGGCUGCAAAAUGACCAACACACAACAUAAUUAUUAUGACCUCGUUCGGUUAUUCCUUGGCAAAUACAUAAUUUCCCGACUACCUUCUUUUCAUGUACAAUGAUAAUUUCAGAAACCAUCAGAUUUUCAACCACAAGUAAGAAUUAGUAAAGCUCACAUACAUUGUCAACUGGAAACUCCCCCGUUUGUACACUCACCGGCCACUUUAUUAGGUACACCAUGCUAGUAACGGGUUGGACCCCCUUUUGCCUUCAGAACUGCCUCAAUUCUUCGUGGCAUAGAUUCAACAAGGUGCUGGAAGCAUUCCUCAGAGAGCUUGGUCCAUAUUGACAUGAUGGCAUCACACAGUUGCCGCAGAUUUGUCGGCUGCACAUCCAUGAUGCGAAUCUCCUGUUCCACCACAUCCCAAAGAUGCUCUAUUGGAUUGAGAUCUGGUGACUGUGGAGGCCAUUUGAGUACAGUGAACUCAUUGUCAUGUUCAAGAAACCAGUCUGAGAUGAUUCCAGCUUUAUGACAUGGCGCAUUAUCCUGCUGAAAGUAGCCAUCAGAAGUUGGGUACAUUGUGGUCAUAAAAGGAUGGACAUGGUCAGCAACAAUACUCAGGUAGGCUGUGGCGUUGCAACGAUGCUCAAUUGGUACCAAGGGGCCCAAAGAGUGCCAAGAAAAUAUUCCCCACACCAUGACACCACCACCACCAGCCUGAACCGUUGAUACAAGGCAGGAUGGAUCCAUGCUUUCAUGUUGUUGACGCCAAAUUCUGACCCUACCAUCGGAAUGUCGCAGCAGAAAUCGAGACUCAUCAGACCAGGCAACGUUUUUCCAAUCUUCUAUUGUCCAAUUUCGAUGAGCUUGUGCAAAUUGUAGCCUCAGUUUCCUGUUCUUAGCUGAAAGGAGUGGCACCCGGUGUGGUCUUCUGCUGCUGUAGCCCAUCUGCCUCAAAGUUCGACGUACUGUGCGUUCAGAGAUGCUCUUCUGCCUACCUUGGUUGUAACGGGUGGUUAUUUGAGUCACUGUUGCCUUUCUAUCAGCUCGAACCAGUCUGGCCAUUCUCCUCUGACCUCUGGCAUCAACAAGGCAUUUCCGCCCACAGAACUGCCGCUCACUGGAUAUUUUUUCUUUUUCGGACCAUUCUCUGUAAACCCUAGAGAUGGUUGUGCGUGAAAAUCCCAGUAGAUCAGCAGUUUCUGAAAUACUCAGACCAGCCCUUCUGGCACCAACAACCAUGCCACGUUCAAAGUCACUCAAAUCACCUUUCUUCCCCAUACUGAUGCUCGGUUUGAACUGCAGGAGAUUGUCUUGACCAUGUCUACAUGCCUAAAUGCACUAAGUUGCCGCCAUGUGAUUGGCUGAUUAGAAAUUAAGUGUUAACGAGCAGUUGGACAGGUGUACCUAAUAAAGUGGCCAGUGAGUGUAUAUUCUGAACCAUGUGCUCUCUACCAAUAAUAAUUUUUAUUAAUCAGAGGUCUGUGCUUAAUAUGAGUGACCACUUUGAUGGUGCAUUCAGAGAUGAGAAGAUGCUCAAACUUAAUACUUAAAUAAAUAAAGUCAAUUCAUACGAAUAGUUAAAAACAUUACCUAUAAUCCUAAUUUAAAAUACAAAUAAAUCUGGUAAAAAGAUCAAAAUGAUAAGAAUUGUGUAAUGUAUACUGACUAAAUAUUGUUUAUCUAUUUAUAUAUAUAUAAUUAUGAUUGCAAUCACAUGCCAUCUAUUUCUUUUCAGCCUCGGGGAAAAGAGGGCCAUAUUACCAGCUGAGGUGCGCAAUGCAUUGUGGGGCAGAAGCAGUACGUGAAGCAAGCUCCGUUCCACACUCAGAAAUCGAAGCCGAUUGAGUAUACAUCCGGGCAUUUCUCGCAUACACAAAAUUCGCAUACUGUACAGUGUGAACGCACUGCCUACUCCAGGGGUCGGCAACCUUAAACACUCAAAGAGCCGCUUGGACCAGUUUCCCACAGAAAAGAAAACACAGGGAGCCACAAAACCUCUUUGACAUCUAAAAUGAAGAUAACAUUGCAUACAUCUUUUUUUUUUUACCUUUAUACAAAGUAUAUAAAAAACUGUAGCGAGUUGCAUUUAUGAAAUAAAUGAACUAUUUCGGCGAGUGUCUGUCUUCUUCUGUAGUUAAACCGCAAGAUAUCAAAAUCUACCCGGAUACAGCAAUGCUGCUUUUUGAUUGGCUGUUCAGUAGAUAUACUUUAUUUGAUUGGCUUGUGCGUGGCACGCAGCUUCUGAACUCUCGGAGAAACUCAGUUGAUUUCCCCCUGUUCCGUAGUUGAAGAAGUGCAACUUGGUGGACAUCACCGUGUUCAUUUAAAUGCGUGAGAAAUACAAUGUGUGGUGUGUGAGCGUGUGAACGAGUGGGAAUGCGUGUGUCAUACGCUGAAUGCGUGAGACUUGAGAGCCCUGUGCUCACGCAUCAUCGAUGUACUCCCGAGCCAUGCAAAACGGUCUUUGCAAAUGUUGCACUGAACGCCUUCCUUUUCAGUCUUGGUAAAGUUUUCCCACACCAUUGAUGUUUUAGGUCGGGAUUUGGGUUGGGUUGUGUCCAUGUUUUUCUCAGUCGCUGCCUCGGCCAUGGCUGUUUCUUUUCUGUGCGUCCUGCUGAUGUUUACACGCCGGUGUCCAUGGACAUAUAUAAAGACCCGACGAAUCGAUUACAGAAUUUGUUGGCAACGGAUUUUUUCGUCACGACGAAUCUACUUAAUCGAUUCGUUGUUGCAGCCUUAAUAGUUUAUUUAAUGUUACAAGAGCAUUAUAAUCUUUGAAUUUAGAAUUACAAAAUAAUAAUAAUAAAAUAAAAUAAAAUGCAAUUAAGUAUUUAUUAUUUAUUUUCCAAAUCCAUUGGGAGCCGCAGCUUAGGGAAGAAAGAGCCGCAUGCGGCUCCAGAGCCGCGGGUUGCCGACCCCUGGCCUACUCAAUUCAGAGGCGGGGUUAGUAGGAGUAGUAGGAGUAGUAUGCCAUUUCGGACACAGCCCAGGAGUGGCCACUUCAGAUCUGUGCGCGCACACGUAAAGGGGGUGAGGUCAGUGCCACCGGACCAAUCUCCACAAUGGAGAAGGCUGCACGUCAUUUUUCACAGCCGAGGAACAGAGCAUUAUUUUACGCAAAUACGAGGAGUACUGCAACAUUAUAACAGUGAGGAGCAGGACAGCCGCAGCCGCUAAAAGCCUGAGGGACUGCUGGCAAAAAAAAUCAUCGAUUGUGUAAAUUACAUUUGUGCGUUCAUAAAUUUAUGGCCCCCUAAUAUGUUGUCAUGCAGCGUGUGUGAUCACCUCCAUCAUAGACCUCAUUAUUUCAGAUACAACAGCAGUGGGGAAAAGAGUACGUGGGAGCAAAUGAAAAUAAAUCUAAAAACAUCCUUUAAAGUAGUUUGUAAGUUUAUUGGAAGAUUUUAUUUGUACACAUUUCAACGCGUAAACAGUGAUUUCCUCACUCUGCCUUUUUUUCUUUUUUCUCCAUCAUCUGAUGAUCACAUGUCAUCUGCAGACACAUUUGGGGUUAAGAGUUUUCUAAUGUGCUUCAAUACAUUCUGAAUGAUGACUGAUAUGCUGCGUGAAAUUGGAACCUGGAGCUUGGCAAAUAUUUGUGCACUGCUUAGACUUCAUGCUACCUGAAUAUUGAGGCUGUCCGAGGAAAACCUGUAACGUUCAUAGAGAACGUCAUCAGGUAAAUCAAACGGAUUUGAAUGAUCAUGAAUAUAACGCUCUCAGCGAAGCGCUCCUCUCACUAUCCGUGCAACGAUGUCCCCGGGAUACGGCAAAAGUGGGCAAGCCAUUUUCCAAGAUAUCCGAUUGGUCAUCGGGCGGUCUUUUAUACCUGCUGAGAUGUUAUCCUGAAACAUAACCUGCUCCGGAGCAGGUUUGGCGUUCCGCGUAAGUUACCGGGGCAACGGACCCGGAUUAAAAGAGAUCCACCUUCGUAGUACGGAAAACCCAGAAGUUAUCUCACUAAGACCAAAUCCAGCUUCGUAGUACAGGCCUCUGGUGACUUUACUCAUGCUGUCAAUGAUGCUCUCAGACACUAUUUACUAGCAUACCUUUAUUUGUUGAUAGCAUGACAACAUCAUGAUCUCGCACACCGCAGCAAUGGCGCCGCCACAAGAUGGCGGUGUAGACCUCAGUGCUCGCAUUGUCCGAGGAGCACUCCAGCGCGCGAGAGUUUUCAGGGACCGCACGGACCCACUUACUUUUCCAGAUGACCACCUUUGUGAAAGGCUCAUAUGGCCUACAUAUCGCACAAAAAAUGUAAACACGAUAGGAAUGAACAAAUGAAUGAAUUCAUCUUGGAAAUGAAUUAGACAUGUCUGGUGCAUGUUAAAAGCGCAUGUUAAACAGUGCUAUUUCAGGAUGAUAAUGGCAUCAAAGAUUUUUUUGCGCACUAUACUUCCGCAUUGAAACUGUCAGCAAUUUUCUGCCAGCAUUCCUUCCGUGCUUUUGCAGUGGUGACUAAGGUUUAUGAUAGAUUUGAAUUCUUCAUACUUUCCCAUGAUGGUCUCCUGCUCCUCGUUUGUAAAGUACGCGGUUCUUCGUUCUCCGGCCUGCUCUGACGCUCCAGACUGGUCCCUGUAAUCAAUUGGUCAGAUGCGGCGGGCUCCGCCUUACAUGCACGCGCUCAUAGCAAAGCUGGAUCCACUUACGAGGACUAGCACAGUUCUGCCGCGCUAAGUCAAGCGCGGUAGAACCUGCGCGGUAGAACUGUUGAACCUGCUUCGUAGAAUAGGCCCCAAGUGUACAGGUGUGUCAAUCCAGGUGUGUGACUCUUCUUCCUCUACAGUCUGGGUCCUCAGGUGUGCUGCGUCCUGCGUCUGUCCGGUCCUCUAAAACAGCAGUAUGCUCAGGUAAGACCAGAACUCACACAGAACCAGUACUGUCAGGUAAAAACAGAACCGGUACUGUCAGGUAAAAACAGAACUAGAAUUUGUUUGUUUAGAUCUCAGACGGUAUAUAGAAUAGUAAAGUAUAAUAUAGUAAAAAAUAUAAUGUAAUGUAACAUGAUAUGACAUAACAUAAUAUAAUAUAACAUAAUACAAUAUAAAAUAAUAUAAAAUAACAUAAUAUAAUAUGAUAUUAAUAUAAUUGGAUAUAAUAUAACAUAAUACAACAUAAUAUAACAAAAUAUAAUAUAACAUAAUAUGAUAUAACAUAAUACAUUAUAAUAUAAUAUGACAUAAUCUAAUGUAAUAAAAUAUAACAUAAUAUAAUACAACACAAUAUAAUAUAAUAUAACAAUAAAAUAUAAUGUAACAUAAUAUAAUAUCAUAUGAUAUAACAUGAUGUAACAUAAUAUAAUAUAAUAUAACAAAAUUUAAUAUAACAAAAUAUAAUCUUGAUGUUAUUAUCAUCAUAUAUAUAAUAUAUAAUGAUUUUGAAUUUGAAUUUCUAAAGCUGAAUUUGUUUUUGCAUCAAAAUCAGACUUUGAAUUUCAAAACUAUCAAAUAUCAAGCACGCAUUUUUAUUUCUGAUACUUACUUUACAAUGAUGAAACAAAUUCAGUGUAAAAAAAAAUUAGUCCCUCAAAAUAUAAGUUUAGUAAAAAUUCAACUUAAAAAAAAAGUGUAAAAAAAUUCAACAUAAAAAAAAUUUAGUGUAAAACAGACCGACUCAACAUCUGGGUAACCAGGAAGAAGCGUUUGAUUCCUGGCUCAAUCAUCCAUUGUCCAGCCAAUCAAUUAAUGCUAAGAUUGGUCAUAUGACGCCCACCCCAGUGGAAGAUUGAGGAAUCAAUUGCUUUUCCCUGAUUACCCAGAUUUGAGUCAGCCUCUUUGACACUGAAUUUUUUUUAUGUUGAAUUUUUUUUUAUUUAUUGUCAUUGCUGAACAAAGUUAACAACGAAAUUUGUAUGAAGCAUCCCCACCACCACUGGCAUCCAGUACACAAUAUCAAUAAUCGUAAAUAGAGAAAAAUAAAUAAUAUAUAAUGUCCCAAAGUGCAAUAGUGCUAGUGCAGGGGUCGGCAACCCGCGGCUCUGGAGCCGCAUGCGGCUCUGUCUUCCCUAAGCUGCGGCUCCCAAUGGAUUUGGAAAAUAAAUAAUAAAUACUUAAUUGCAUUUUAUUUUAUUUUAUUAUUAUUAUUAUUAUUUUGUAAUUCUAAAUUCAAAGAUUAUAAUGCUCUUGUAACAUUAAAUAAACUAUUAAGGCUGCAACAACGAAUCGAUUAAGUAGAUUCGUCGUGACGAAAAAAUCCGUUGCCAACAAAUUCUGUAAUCGAUUCGUCGGGUCUUUAUAUAUGUCCAUGGACACCGGUGUGUAAACAUUAGCAGGACGCACAGAAAAGAAACAGCCAUGGCCGAGGCAGCGGCUCAGAAAAACAUGGACACAACACAACACAACCUAAAUCCCGACCUAAGACAUCAGUGGUGUGGGAAAACUUCACCAAGACUGAAAAGGAAGGCGUUCAGUGCAACAAUUGCAAAGACCGUUUUGCAUGGCUCGGGAGUACAUCGAUGAUGCGCGAGCACAGGGCUCUCAAGUCUCACGCAUUCAGCGUAUGACACACGCAUUCCCACUCGUUCACACGCUCACACACCACACAUUGUAUUUCUCACGCAUCUAAAUGAACACGGUGAUGUCCACCAAGUUGCAUUUCUUCAACUAUGGAACUGGGGGAAAUCAACUGAGUUCCUCUGAGAGUUCAGAAGCUGCGUGCCACGCACAAGCCAAUCAAAUAAAUUAUAUCUACUGAACAGCCAAUCAAAAAGCAGCAUUGCUGUAUCCGGGUAGAUUUUGAUAUCUUGCAGUUUAACUACAGAAGAAGACAGACACUCGCCGAAAUAGUUCAUUUACUUCAUAAAUGCAACUCGCUACAGUUUUUUAUAUACUUUGUAUAAAGGUUAAAAAAAAAAGAUAUAUGCAAUGUUAUCUUCAUUUUAGAUGUCAAAGAGGUUUUGUGGCUCCCUGUGUUUUCUUUUCUGUGGGAAACUGGUCCAAGUGGCUCUUUGAGUGUUUAAGGUUGCCGACCCCUGUGCUAGUGCAUAUGAAAUAUUGACAGUCCAGUUGUGUAUCACAGUUAGCAAAACGUAGUAAUGCAAAGAGACCAUACUAAUGUAGAAGUGGGGGGCGGGGGAGGGGCAGUCCUGCAGAAGAUAUAAUAAUAUUUCAAUAUUUUUUUUUUUUAUUUCAUCAUUGUGAAAAAAAUAAGUGUCAGAAAUAAAAAUGCGUGCUUGAAAUUCGAUGGUUUUGCAAUUCAAAGUCUGAUUUUGAUGCAAAAAGAAUUCAGCUUUAGAAAUUUAAAUUCAAAAUCAGAUGGCACAGAUUUACUUCCAUACACAUUUUCACAUGUUCUGCUGCUUCAGUGUUUUUAGAUCUUUUUGUCAGAUGUUUCUAUGUUAUACUUAAGUUCAAUUACAAACAUUUCAUAAGUGUUGAUUUGUGAGCCUGUCUCCAUGGUAACAGCUGUAUCAGUAUGGUCUGUUGGUCCUGCAGGAACAUGAUCUGGACCUGACCCAGCUGCUGGGUCCGGGUCCAUAUAAGGAGAAGUACCGGGCUGACAUGAUCCUUUGGGGAGAAACCCAAAGGCGGCAGGACCCUGGGUACUUCUGUCGCCUAGCAACCAGAGGAGUGCGGCAACCUGUGUGGGUACGUCACUGUCCACCUUUUCUUCUCUAUUCUCACCUGACAUGUUCCAAACUCCUGCUCUAUGAUUGGUCAGGUGGUUAGUGAUGCGAGGCGGCGCACUGACUUGGAGUGGUUCAAGUCAGAGUUUCCCAGACAGACCCAGAGCGUCCGAGUCCAGUGUUCAGAGGAAACACGCAAACAGAGGGGGUGGAGCUACACCGCAGGUGAGAUGACCCUGUCUGUCUGUCUGUCUGUCUUCUUACCUGUCUAAUAUUCUGAUGACCCGUCUGUUCUCUCACCUGUCUGUUCACUCACCUGUCUGAUCACUCACCUGUCUUUUCUCUCACCUGUCUGUUCACUCACCUGUCUGAUCACUCACCUGUCUGUUCACUCACCUGUCUGAUCACUCACCUGUCUGAUCACUCACCUGUCUUUUCUCUCACCUGUCUGUUCACUCACCUGUCUGUUCACUCACCUGUCUGAUCACUCACCUGUCUUUUCUCUCACCUGUCUGUUCACUCACCUGUCUGUUCACUCACCUGUCUGAUCACUCACCUGUCUUUUCUCUCACCUGUCUGAUCACUCACCUGUCUGUUCUCUCACCUGUCUAUCUCUUUCCUGUCUGUUCACUCACCUGUCUGUCUCUCAGGUGUAGAUGAUGCUGAGUCAGAGUGUGGUCUGGACAGUGGGGUUCAUUUUGAUUGGAUCAUCACUAACGAGGCCAACGCCCCUUCGUUAGAAGAACAACUUCAGUCAAUUCUGAAGCUGGCGGAGGAAGCAGCUGAUCUAUAACGAAUUUUGACCUCUGACCUUUCAAAGUGAGGCAGAGAUGAAAACUCACCUGAGAAGCAGGAGUUCCUGAGAGGAGUUCAGGUGUAGAGACGCUGUAAAGAUCAGCUGGAGUUGAUCUUUGAGUCAUCUGAGAGAAACAACGACUGAACCACAGCUCCCUUGUGUAACCCUUAGAUUUACAUCCUUUAUUAACGCUCAGUGGCUAAAAACAGCCACUGACAUUGACUGCUGUAAAAACAUAUUGGAUUCAUAUUUUUUCCAGAUUUUUUUUUCAUAUAUCUCUUAAUUAACUUUUGCUCUAUUCAAAACUAGUAAAUGUUUCAUUAAGAAUCCAAAUUUGAACCCUUUAAGGACCCAUUUAAAACAUAAAGUCACUAAUAUUGGGAAAAAAAUGGGAGGAAAAUUACAGAAUUUUAUUAGAUUCAUUUUCUACCAUAUCAGUGACAUUAUGUUUUGAAUGGACCCUCAAAGGGUUAAAAAAAAUGUUUUUAGAUGAAACAUUUACUAGUUUUGAUCAAAGCAGAAGUUAAUUAAGAGAUGUAUGAAAAAAAAUGGAAAAAAAUAUUAACCAAUGUGUUUUUACAGCAGUCAAGUUAGUGGCUUUUUUUAGCCACUGAGCGUUAACAACGGAUUAAAAUUUGCCCAGAGCGUAUUUUUGACCUGGUGAAAAAUUUGAAGUCAUAUUCUCAGUGUCCAUCAAUAUAAGCAUCUGCACAAAAAAAUUAAAUUAAAAAUUAUCCCAUUUGCUGCAGUAUUACUGUAAUUACUUUAUUACAACUUAAUUCUCGUGAAUAAGGAUUUUACUACGACUUCAUUCUCAUAAGUAAUGACUUUUCUACAACUUUAUCAUAAGUGAUUACUUAAGUACGACUUUCUCGUAAUUAUUUUAGUGUGACUUAACCCUGUAAAACCCAAAUAUAGAAAACGAAAAAAAAAAAUUUCAACCAUUCAGAUGUUGUUGUAGGAGGCUUUUGGGGGUGAAAAUGGAGUGUUUUCAAAAAAUUUAUGUUAUAGUAAGUUUUUAUGGAAAUGUUGUAAUAUUGCAACGUUGGGCUUAAUGGGGAGCAGAAUCUCCUGUAUUUCCACUCCUUGUCUGAACAGCAAUACAGAACUAAGGAUCAUUUGCAGGGUUUUGCCGUUCCCAAAUCAGUAUAUAACAUGAAUAAUUAUCUCAGUCAUGUUGUUAAUAAGAGUAAUUUAUUCCAGCAAGAACUGCUUAUUAUUUACAUUAUAAGCAGUUCUUGUCCUCUGAAAAACAGAGGCAAAUAUCCAACCCAGUCUCACAGCAUCGCACUUAAUUUGGGUAUUAGCCUUUACUGCAAUGUCUGCAGCGUCCUCUCUUCGUCUUCAGUGGAAAAUGUCGAGUAAAGUCUGUGUGCACAUCCACAUUUAUCAGUGUCGUCGAAAUCCAUGUCCACAUCACUCUCUCCGUUUUGGAUUAUGGCAGUUACAUCCUGCACACUGUACCAAGGAUCUCCCCUUGCAAGUGGCAUUCUGAAAUGGAAAAAAUUAAAUUGAAAUAAAUGUAUAUACAAAUAACACACAUGCCUACUAGAUUCGAGAUGGCCAACAGAAAGGAUGGGGUGGUGGGGAGACUGAUUUCAUUAUGAAGUGUUUACACUUUGCACUGAAGUAGCCUGUUCACACAUUUCACUGGUCACACAAUACUGACCUAUUGACCUAUUGGAGACUGUGAUUAUCAUCGUAAUGAGAAUGCAUGUAGCCUCCAGCUUACAACCACACCUUAUAUCCAUGAACAUUAACACCUGUUCCAGAACCAUGCCACAAAUGCACCAGGAACAUCCCCCACAACUGCUUUGACUAAGAAUUGAUAGGAACAUUUUCUUAUCAAUAGAGACUAAAACACUGUGUUUAUCACCGUAAUAGGAUUACAUGUAGCCUACAGUUUACAACCACACCUACAUCUAUGAACAUCAAUACUUGUUCCAGAACAAUGCCUCAAAUGUACCAGGAGCAUCCCCCACAACUGCUUUGACUAAGAAUUGAUAGGAGCAUUUUCUUAUCAAUAAAGACUAAGACAAAGGGCAGACAUGCACAAACAGAAUUUCUUUGUUAGAAAGUCCUGCAUUCUGUGAUAAGGAGAAAAUACUGAGUGUUGAAGGUGGUUAGAAAUCAUAAGUAAAUGAAAGUGUUUAGAUACAGCAAUAUAUCUUAAUAUAUAGUUUCUAAUACAAUAAAAUAUGUAAUGUAAUAUAAGGCUAAGGCUAGAAUUUGUAAAUCAUGUGUAGUUUAAAAUUAUAUUGUGAAAAUUUUGAUUGAAGUUCCUCUCAAGACAUUCCUCUCAAAAACAGGGCUGUUUUGGCUACCACUUUGACCCAACGUUGUAAUAUUGCAACAAUUAUAAAACAAGCUCUAAAUAAAAUGUAAGGCAUAUUUUCCACAAUACCUACAUAUGUUCAUGUUAUACACAUUGUAAUAAACACACAAAAAAUAUUCAAAGCAUUUUACUUACUUCAAUCAGAUGAAUCCAGUCCAGUAAAUCGAAGGGAUGUUGCUCGAUCAAAAAAUUGAUGUUUGUGUGACUUCUUCACCUGAGGACGGGCCUUAUAUACAAAUGUUGGAUGAAAUCGCAUUGUGAGAACAAACAAUAGGACCCAAUGAUCAUGUCAAUGUGGUUGAACUAAAAAAAAAAAUGUUUUUUGGGGAUAACCAAAAUUGUUGUAAUUCUGCAACACUGGGUCUUACAGGCUUAAUUCUCGUUAGUAAUGACUAAUUCUCAUAAAUUAAUGACUUUAACCUCGAAGUCUUCAUUUUUAUUUUUCUUAAUGUAGCCCUAAUACUCCGUCAUAUGUAAUUAAGUUCUUCUGAGAAAAGUGGUGAAAGUUUUAUGAAACCUUUUUUGGUUCUUGAUGGGGUUUUUUUGUUUUGUUUUAAUAAAUUAAUUAAUUCAAUAAAGAAAAAAAGUUUGAAUUAAAUGUGUGACCGUCAUUUUCAUUUCCUGUUAACAAAAUAAAAGUCAGUCAUGUUGGAUCAACAAACCAGUAACAGUGCUUUUAUUUUAUAAAAUCUGUCUCAUGAUUAAUUACAAUGAGCUGUAACAGCGGCGAUGACAUCAGAGCGGCGAUGACGUCACUGGCCUCCCGAUAAAAACUUUUUAAACUUUAUUUGUUCAUGGCAUCAGGUCAAAGGUCACCUGUAGGAAUAAGUGGAUGCGUCUCUGCACUCUGAUUGGCCCAUGGGCUGCCUUAUACACGGCAGUGGAAUGCCUCGCUGUGAUUGCCCCCCUUUAAAACACAGACAGCUCAUUGGCUAACAUGAGAUUGGCUCUAACAGACGGCGAAUGAAGCGAGGAGCUGAGAGACGGACCGUUGAGACGGAAACACUCAGAGGGAAUUAGUGGUUAAUUCACAAAGGAAUGGCUGUAAGUCGGUGUUAAACUCCCUUAUACACACAAAACAUAUCUGCACCUCCUCCUCCUCCCCCUCUCACCUCCCUCACAUAAUACUGAGGAGGAGGAGCAGGGGGUGAGGAGAGGAGAGGGGGGAGGAGGAGAAGUUAGUCAAAGCAACACUCCCAAUCCAGAGGAGCAGGAAUCAGUUAGAGAUAAAAAGAGGAGGGGGGGGAGAAAAGUUCAACCCCGACCUCCCCAACAGGAGCAGGAAGGAGGAGGGGGGAGGUUUUUCAUGGAAUGUUUUGGCCACAAAGUCCCUGACACCAGUCUAUCAGGAAGCAAAGGGGGAGGGAGGGAGGAGAGCAUUAAGGGGGGGGGCAGCGAGGGAAGGAGGUUCAGCAGGAGUUCAGCUCCUCCAUGGUCUGAUUCAGGGUCGCCUGCAGCUCCAUGUUGGCGUUUCUGGCCGAGGUCAGAGCGUCUGAAAAAAAAAAAAAAUAAACAUCACACCAUCGGAUUGAGAGGACGAAUCGUUGUCAGUUAGUCUGAAUUAUAACAUUUGAUUAGAGAGAGACAGAGAGAGAGAGACAGAGAAGAGAGAAAGAGAGAGAGAGAGACAGAGAAGAGAGAAAGAGACAGAGAGAGAGAUAGACCUAGAGAGAAAGAGAGAGAGAGAGGGUGAGACAGCGAGAGAGAGAGAGAGAGAGAGAACAGAGAUGGUGAGAGAGAGAGAGACGUCUUGCAUUAAAUCGGAUCCUUACCUUCCAGGCCAUCGAUAUUUUUUUCCAGUUUCACCACCGUACGCUCGGCAACUUCAGCCCUGGACUCAGCCUGGAACAGAGGGACACAGGUGACAAACAGGAAGCCAGAAGGUGAUAUGUUUUUCGUAGGAUGGUAGGGGAAGGUCCCACCUCCCUUGCCUCUUGUUGGCUAGAAAAACUGGAAACUAGGGCCCAACCAAUUUAUUGGCGUGCUGAUUAAAUCGGCCAAUUUUAGCCCAUUUGAGAGUACUCUGUAAUAGGCCAAAACCCCUCGAUUUUCGCUGAUAUUUUCAGAAGUAAAAUGCAGAGAAUAAGAUUUGUUUUCACUUUGAAAAUGUUCCGCCAUUUAAAAAGUUCCCCGACUUAUCCAGUAGAUGGUGCGGCGACCUCUUGACAAUCUUCAUCCACUAACUACCUCACAGCACAGCAGAGUGACAGAUAUGAAGCAGGCAGUGGCAGGGACGCACAGAGGAGAGUGGUCCGCCUCAAGGGUAAAUAAAACAGUUUGUGAAAUACACAAUCAGUUUUCAGUUCAACAAGUUUUAGUUCAACCCACUUCACCAUGUUCCCCCCUGUGCUGGUCUCGGUCACGCCGAGUUAAUGGUGAAGCACCAUGUAAUAUGCAAGCUAAAGUUAGAGUUAGCCAUCUGCUAUUAGCCUUGCUACACUGUUAGCCGUGCCAGUAACGGUAGAAUAAACAGCAGUACACAUUAUGUGAUCGAGCUACUUCUCUUACUGAGGCAGCUGCAUGUCUCCAGAUGAGACUGGACCAGAAAUGAGUAACGUGAGUUAAGACGUGGAGGCACCGAUCGGUGGGGAGGGGGGGUAGUUGAAAACGCUUUUCUGGUCUGAGUUUGAUUCAUGAUAAAUGCGAGGAAUAUUACUGAGAUGAUCAGUUGGUCUCCCUGUUGGUGUGAAGACCAGUAGCCUACAGUAUAUCAAGUGUCAAGUUGUUUUUUAUGAUGUACGCGAGUUAGCUUCAUUUUAACUUAUUUAUACAGGCUAUUUCUUUUAGAGGAUGACGAGUGUGUGAGUUUGACAUGAUGGAGGUUGACAAAAUAAUCAGACUCACACCCGCUACAGUCUGAAUAAUAAGCUGAAAAGAAUUCAUAUUAUGUAAACACAUGCUUAAUGUUUAGCAAUAAAAAGGAUUUGAAAUGAGUUUUCUGCCUUUAAUUCUUUGAAGAAGUGUUUGAAAAAAAAAAAAGUAAAUAUGUAGAUAUGUUACUCAAAUUAACAAAAUUUUAGAACUUCAUAAAAAUUGUUUAAAAAUAGGCCAGAUAAUCGGUAAUCAGAUUUUUUCCCCCACUAAUAAUCGGUAUCGGCCCCAAAAAAUCCAUAUCGGUCUGGCCCUACUGGAAACAUCAUCACACGCUCAAGCCGAACAUGGGCUGUCGGCUCUCUACAUCGAACAGAACAUUAUCGCAAUUCUCAAUCUCCUAACCUGACAGACGAUGACAUUUCAUAGCCAUAAGGAAUAACCAAUCGGAGCCCAGCACGAUUGGUGCCUCUAGAGCAAAUUUAGAGGCGAAGAAGGGCGGGACCUUCCCCUACCAUCCUACAAAAAAAAUAUUGCAAACAGAAGGUAACACACAAGAAGACAGCAGGUAAUAAAAAAAGUUUAUGAAGUUUGCUCUGACCUCUCUCAGUUUGCUGGUCAGCUUCCUGAUCUCCUCCUCGUACUUUUCCUCUUCCAUAGAAUACUAAGAGAGACAAACCGCCAAUCAGAAAAGAGGAACACUGACUAACAGCCAAUCAGGUAUUAAGACAGUUCUGGAUGUAUCAGUCCUUAAUCACACCUGCUGCAGGUGAGUUCCUAACCCCCUCCUCCUCCUCCUCCUCCUACCUUCUCUGCCAUGGCCUGUAGAGACUUUGAACUAAUGCAGACAUUUUUCAGCUCCUCCUCCAGAGUUCGGGCUUUACUGCAGGUCAAAGGUCACAUCAGAGACAGGUCAGACCGGUGUGUCUGUGUUCUGAGGGCUCUGCUCAGGUAAACAGGUGAGGUUUAAACCCUGAUCAACUGUUGUCACCUGUGAGGAACAUUAACGCCUUACAGGAGAGAACAGGGAAACAGCGCCUCCUGCCUCCCUGCAGGGACACACCUCAGAGUUUAUCUCACCUGAUACCUGAACCGACCCCACCCACAGUAGUGCCGAGCAGUUUCUGUGUAGUUCCAGCAUUGUUUGAGAGUAGUUUGAUGUGGUGUGUAGUUUGUGUGUGGUUUUCAAAUGUCGUGUGUGAUGUUUAAGUGGUAUGAGUAGAUUAGUCGCAGACUGUGUAAUUUGAGGAUAGUUUGUGUGUAGUUUGUGUAGUUUUAAAAUGUAGUCUAUGUGUGUGUAUUUCAUGUGUGAAGUUGAAGUGUAGUGUCAGUACUUUGUCAGUGGAUUGUGUUGAACGGGUUUAAAUCUGAAGGUAGAUUAUGGUGUUAAAAUUAAGUUUGUGCAGUGUGUGUAGUUAGUGUGUACUUUAUAGACUGUGUUUUUAUGUAGUUAGUGUGUAGUUUGUGUGAAGUUAGUGUGUAGUUUGUGUGUACUUUAUAGACUAUAUUGGUUUAUGUACUUUGUGUGUAUUUAGUGUGUAGUUUGUGUGUACUUUAUAGACUAUAUGGUUUUAUGUAGUUAGUGUGUAGUUUAGUGUAUAGUAAGAGUAGUUUGUGUGUAUUUAGUGUGUAGUAAUUGUGUAGUUAUCGUGUAGUUGUGUGUACUUUAUAGACUUUGUUUUUAUGUAGUUAGUGUGUACUUUAUAGACUAUACUGUAUUAUGCAGUUAGUGUGUAGUUAGUUUGUAGUUAGUGUGUAGUAUAGUGUGUAGUUUCUGUGUAUUUAGUGUGUAGUUUGUGUGUAGUUAGUGUAUACUUAAUAGACUAGAUAUUUUUAUGUAGUUAGUGUGUAGUUUGGUGUUUAGCUAGUGUGUACUUUAUAGACUGUGGUUUUAUGUGGUUAGUGCGUAGUUUGUGUGUACUUAAUAGGCUGUAUGUUUUUUUGUUUACUUUAUAGACUGUGGUUUUAUUUGGUUAGUGCGUAGUUUGUGUGUUGUUAGUGUGUACUUAAUAGCCUUAACAUUUUUAUGUAGUGAGUGUGCCUUUAGUGUGUAGUUAGUGUAUUUUAUAGACUUUAUGGUUUUAUGUUGUUGGCGUGUAGUUUGUGUGUACUUUGACUAUAUGGUUUUAUGUGUAUAGUUUGUAAGUAUAUAGUUUGUGCGUAAUGAUUGUGUAGUUCAUGUCUAGUUAGUGUGUAGUUAUUGUGCAGUUUGUGUGUUCUUUAUAGACUAUAUGGUUUUAUGUAGUUAGUGUAUAGUUUAAGCGUAGAUUGUGUGUAAUUGUGUUGUUCAUGUGUAGUUCGCUUAUAGUUAGUGUGUAGUUUAUGCAGUUAUUGUGUAGUUUGUGUGUGGUUUAUGUGUAGUUUGUGCAUUGUUCGUAUGUAGUUUAGUAUGUAGUUUCUGUGUAGUUAGUGUGUAUUUUAGUGUGUAGUUAGCUUGUAGUUAGUGUGUAGUUUGUGCAUAGUUUGUGUGUUUUUAGUGUGUAGUUUGUGUGUAGUUCAUAGACUAUAUAGUUUUAUGUAGCCAGUAUGUAGUUCGUGUGUGCUUUUAAGACUAUAUGGUUUUAUGAUGUUUUGUGUAGUUUGUGUGUAGUCAGUGCAUUUUUAGUGUGUAGAUUGUGUGUGGUUUGUGUGUACUUUGACUAUAUGGUUUUAUGUGUAUAGCGUGUAAGUUUAUAGUUUGUGCGUAGUUAUUAUGUAGUUCGUGUUUAGUUAGUGUGUAGUUAUUGUGCAGUUUGUGUGUUCUUUAUAGACUAUACGGUUUUAUGUAGUUAGUGUAUAGUUUAUGCGUAGUUUGUGUGUAAUUGUGUUGUUCAUGUGUAGUUCGCUUGUAGUUAGGUUUAUGCAGUUAUUGUGUAGUUUGUGUGUAGUUUGUGCAUUGUUAGUAUGUAGUUUCUGUGUAGUUCAUAGACUAUACAGUUUUAUGUAGCCAGUAUGUAGUUAAUGUAGUUAGUGUGUACUAUCAAGACUAUAUGGUUUUAUAUAGUUAUUGUGUAGUUAGUUUGCAGUUAGCUUGUAGUUCGUGUGUAGUUAACUCAUAGUUUGUGCCUAGUUGGAUGCAGCAGUUAAAGCCAUGCAGAGCAGCAGGAGGAGGAGCUGAAGCAACAGCUGUGAUCAGAGGUCAGAGGUCAGGUGAGGCAGCAGAAGGAGGAGGAGCCGCAGGUGGGUGAUUGACAGCAGGUGGGCGCUCAGGUGACCCACUGUACCUUAUCCUCAGAUGCCUGCAGGCUCUUCAGUGACUGGUCGAAACUCCUCAGCUGCUCCUCCAACCUCCUAACUUUACUGUUAGACGGACAGACAGACAGGCGGAAAGAAAGGCAGGUGGAUGGGCAGGUAGCAUGACGUUUCCAUGGAAACAGACAGGAAGAGAAAGAUGGAUGCAGCAGGAUUAGAGCGCUGUCAGUGAAGCCGUGCAACCAUAGUCUGUAUAUAAGAUGGACAGAGUCUGCCACCUCGCUGGGUGAAGCCACUCCAAGAACAGCACCCUCUGAUGGUGGGCUGCAGUACAGGUCAUAAAUCACGCCUCCGCCAGCAAAGCUUAUAGGACUGUGGACAAACUUUAGAAAUUUAUUACACAGAACAUAAAUUUUUCUCCCCCCUGCUUUUGAUGUUGACAUGUAGUUAUUGUAAGACUGGUUUGUGCCCAAGUCCUCUUUUUUCUGUACAGCUCCGUUUUUAAAAGUUAUUAGGGGGUUCAUGUUUUCUAUGAUUGACACCUGGUACAGCCUAUGGGCGUUCAGGGAUUGCGUAGCUCACCCAGGGGGAUACGCUGUUUGAGCCGAGUGUCAUCACAGCGACUCUCGGCGACUGCGCGGCCGAAUGCGCGCAUCGCUACUGCGCAGCUCUGGUUUCAAGGAAGUGGAGAAAAACCCGGAAUUACCGAGAGCUUUCUGGCUUCAAAUCCGUAUACAGGCAGAAGGCGGAACCAGGUUGUCCAUAGUAUAUACAGUCUAUGGGUGCAACAUCAUGCCUGGGUCAUCAGCGUGAUAUCACAGGUACAGCGCGUUCCACUCUGUCAGCCAAUCAGCUGUGAGAGCAGAACGCCACCUGAGCAGGUGAGCGUCUCCUUCUCCUGCUGUUAGAGUGAAACACUUGCACCUGUCUGUCAGAGCCAAUCAGAGCAGCUUCAUGCUGUGAGCAGCUGUUAGACAUGCACAAUGUGUGUGUGUGUGUGUGUGUGUGUGUGUGCGUGCGUACCUCUCUGCGACCUCCGCCCUUUCUUCAGAUCGUUCCAGAUCUCCUUCAAUAAUCAUCAGUUUACGGGCCACCUGUCAAUCAAAUACACUCUUAUCACAUCACAUGAUGUCACAGGUGGUCAGGUGUGUGUUUCUGUGUUACCUGUUCAAAACCAUUAGUUUGUGUCGGUUUCUGUACUUGAGUUAUUGUGUAUUGUGUUGUGUAUUGUGUUCAUAGUUGUGAUCCUCCCCUAGGAGCUGUUUGUAGUGAUAAUACAGAGUGUAGUGUGUGGUGUGUAUGGCUAGUGUGUGUAUUGUGUGUGUAGUGUGUGUACAGUGUGUGUAUAGAGUGUGUAUUGUUUUGUGUAUGUUGUCCUACCUCCUCAUACUUGCGGUCGGCCUCCUCUGCGAUCUGUUUGGCCUCCCUCAGGUGAAUCUCCAGCUGCUCCAUCUUCUCCUCAUCCUUCAGAGCUCUGUUCUCGAUCACCUUCAUUCCCCUGGCAGGGGAGACAGACAGGUGAGAAACAGACAGGUGAGAGAGGCUGGAGGUGAGUGAAAGAUAUCAGCUAAAACAGUCACAGGUGUGUGUCUGAAGUCAGUCUGUUCAGUAUCUCAUAUUAGCUCUGGUGUACCUGUUCUUUUUGUUCGACAUGUCUCAGGAGACUCUGUAAUGAGCCUCAAGUCAAGGUGACUAUUAUCAGACUCAGGUAUGUCUCAGGUAUGUCCCAGCAGGUGAGUCUGCUGUGUGGCUCAAGUAUGACUCAGGAGAGCCUGUUUGAGUUUCAGGUGAGCCUGUUAGCAGUCGUGGGUAUCAGGUCUGUCUGUUAUAAACCUCAGGUGAGCCUGUUAUGUGAUUCAGGUGAGUCUCAGGUGAGUGGGUGGUGAGUUGCACCUCUCGCUCUCGUCGGCGGCCUUCUCCACCUCGUCCAGUUUCUGCAGGGCGGUGGUCAGGCGGUCCUGGGCUCGGUCCAGGUUCUCCUCACUGAGCUGCAGGCGGCGACCCAGAGCCGUCACCUCUGCCUCAGCCUGUCAGACACAGAAAAGGGAUAGAGAGCUCACAGUCACAGAGCCUGUCAGGCGACCCUCAGGGAAUAAACUGACCCAGAGAAACCUACAGCUGGUCUAGGACUUAAGAUACACAACUGAUACACAACAUAAACACGUUUUCCUCGUGUGUGUGUAUGUGUGUGUUAGUGCUGGACGAUAAUUCGAUAACAUACGUGCACACACUGAUAGUCACUCUGUAGAGCUGUAGUGCUCUGUCUGUAGUCUUUAAAAGCACGCUCACAGUUGAGUUCAUUAAAUUCUGAUCAUAACAAUCUGAACAGAGAUUAAUCAAUCAUUUUAGAAUAAACGUUAAAAUCAAUAUCAGCUCGGAUCAGUAAACUCCUCACUCUGUGCAAACAGGUCAAGGCCAUUAGAGGACACUUCAGCAUCAAGACAAAGAUGACCAAUAAAGAAAACUCCUGGAGAAGGACUACAAAAAUCAGGGACUCGGUCCAAGACAUGGACCAGAGACCAGGUCAGAACAUCAAAGCUGAAACUGUGGGCCUCAAUCUUGUCUCAUACUCCUCUGCUGUCUGCAUGUCUGAGCUUCCUGCCAAUGUAGUUAGACUGUGACUGAACCCUGGUGUGAACCGAGCGCUCUGUUAUCGUUCAUGUUUGAGAUUUCACUCAAAUUACUUCAACAUUUAUGAUCUUUGUGUGAUUUUAGAGGAAGACAGAUGGUUACUCUUCCUCAAUAAAGUCAUCACACUUUAUACUGACAUCUCUGUAGUGAGCACUUGGUUCAUAUUUAUUCCUGUUUUUUUGUUUCUUUCUUAAAUUUUUCUUCAUAUUUCUUUGUUUCUUGUGGAACUCGGUCAUAUCUCACGAUGCUGGGCCUGCAUAGAUAACAAAGUGAAGAAUCUCAAGAUUGUAUUUGUUGUUAAUUGGUGACACAUAAUACAGACUGAUUGCACCUCUGUUA